GCUUCGGAGCCCCGCGGCGGCUGGUGGGAGAUGGGGAGGAAGAGGCGGGGGGUGGUGCUGGCCCAGCCCCGGCACCUCCGCAAGGCCGCGCGUCCCCCGCGCUGUCCCCACAGCGGGAGGGGGACGCUGAGGGGCGAAUUAGGGGGAAAUAAAGCCGGGAUUAGGUGGGAAUAAAACCGGGAUUAUGUGGGAAUAAAGCCGGGGUGAGGUGGGUUUGCUCCCCCGGGGCUUUGGGGAGGGGGAGCUGCGUGCCCGGGGUAGGCCCGAGGCCUUUCCUUAGCGCUCGUCCCCUCUCCAAAUUGGCGAUCCCAGCUCAGCUAUUUUCUAAAUCUCCUCAUUUUCACGUCAAACCUCCUUUUUUUCCUGUUGUAGCAACGCGUCUGAGGGGCAUUUCUAACGUAGUCACCUCAUUCCCUAAAGGAACUUCAGGAGCUGAGUAACUCUGGAUGCAAUUCCUCCCGGAGGUUGUUAAAAACAACGCGAAUCCGUGAAUUUUUGGGAUGUUUUUCUUAUUUUUUAAAGGUUAUUCCUCCCGGAGGUUGUUAAAACAACGCGAUUCUGUGAAUAUUUAGGUUUUUUUCCUUGUUUUUUUAAAGGUUUCUGCUUUCUGACGUCGAUUUUUGUUAUGGAAACACCAAAAAAGAAAAUUUGUUGUUUUUGUUGAAGGGAUUGGAGCCUCCAGGUUAUUCCCAGAAUUGCACUCAGGGUCGCAUUUCCUAAAUAAAACCCGCCUUUCUUUGGCUGUAAAAAAUAGAAAUAAAUAAAAGGGAAUUUCCUGAGGAAUAAAGGAUUUUGGGGUUGAAUUUGGGCACAGCUGAAGCAGAGCAGGAGGAGUUUUCCAGCUAAAACUUCCUGGUGGUGUCAUUUCCCAGCUCUAAAGACGUUUUUCCAAGGUGAAAUCCAGGGAAAAUCGAAUUUUUUGGGGGGAUUUAAGAAAAGAUUCCCAUGAGGGGGAGGAAUUGUCACAGGAAAUCGCUGCCAGGCCUUGGGGUUGAGCUCAGAAAUACAAAAAAAUGAAAAUAAAUUUUCUUUAAUUAUUCCUGUUUUAUUCAAGAGUGGAUGGAGCAGCUUCCCUUGGUUUGGGGUUGAUUCCUGAGGAGGAAAAGCUGGAGGAGAAAGAAAAACUGGAGAAAAAGAGGGUUAAAAUGUGGAAUUCCUGGUGCUUUUCCUUCUUUGCCACCUGAUAAACAGGAGGUGAAUCAUCAAAAGAAUUUAAGGCACAAAUGAAGCAGCAGGAGAAGCUUUUCCAGGGAAAUUUGGGGCUUUGAAAUCCAGGAAUUCCUCGCAGGCAGGUGCAGGAAAACUUCUUUAUUUUCCCUUUAAAAAGAUAAAAAAAAAGUGCUGUUUUUUUGGGCCUGGUUUUUGCUGACCCUCAGCUGCUGCAUUUUUUAUUUAUUUGAUUUUUUUAAUAAAUAAUUGGUUUUAAAAAAAUCUUUUGCUACAAAAAAUGUCAUGGAUUUCAUGAAAAUUUUCAUGAAUUCUGAACAAAAACUGUUUAAAAUUUGAAUUCACUCGAGACCUGCUGAGUGCACCAGAGUUACUCAUUUUUAUUCUGAUUUUUUUUUUUUAAUUUAUCACCUUGACACCAGUUUAAAAUUCGACAAAAAAAGGUUUUUAAUGAACUUUUUUUACUAAUUCAAUCACCAUGAUGAAGCUUAGAGCUCAGAGGGGUUUUUGGGGGGGAGGUUUGGUUGAUUCUUUUUCUGUUGUUUAUUUUUCAAGGUUUUAUUGCAAUUCUGAACUGAAAGAUGGAAAAACGUGGAAGGCAAAAAAACUGAUUUAUUUUCUAAAGGAAUUCAAUCUGAAGGGAUUUUCUUUCCCCCCCAGGGUGGUGGAUGUAGGAAUGUUGAAUUUUUAGGUGUGGAAAAAUACCUGAGGAAAGGAAAUUCCAGCUUCCAGCCUGGGAAUUCCUCCUGCUUUGGGUUGGAAUUCCUGCUUUUCUCAGCCCUCCCUCCCAGGAUUUCAGUGGUGCCUUCAGCAAACCGAAGAAUUCAGGCUUGAAAUUUGAUUUUUAACUCCCAAGAGAAUUGGGGAAAACACCUGGGAAAACUUGAACUUGCAGCAGAAGGAGCUCCAGGAGUUUUUAGGAGUAGAUUCCCUGGAAUACCCGUGAGCCAAAAUCAGAUUUUGAAGCUCCAAAAGUGAAUUUAACCCCGUGGAGAUGGAAGAACAGGAGGGAACCCUGCACUUAAAUCCUGUUUGAUUCCCUUUGUCAAGCAGUCAAAAAACCCAAUCAUUAAGAUGAGAACUCAACUUUUCCUCUCUUUAUUUUAGAUUUGGGAAAAUUCCCUGGCUAAAAAAACAAAACAAAAAAAUCCUGGAAAAUUCACAAAAUUGACUUUGUGUGAGUAAAAGGUUCCAAGUGUUUCUUCUUAAGCUGUAAAGAAAAACUUCACUGAGUUUUGUCCUCCCCAAAGAGUCAGAAAUCCUUUGCACAGAAAUAUCAGAGGGGUAAAAUUGAUUUUGAUUUGGAUUUUACCUGGUUUGGUUGCAAGGUUGUGUGGAAAGGAACCCUAAAAAUCAGAUUUUUAGAAGGAUAUCCAAAUUUAAAAGUGUGAUUCACGUGAAAAAAACGCUGAAUAAAUCAAUUUUUGGUGGCACCCAACCUCCAAUCAGCUGCUGAAUGAUGGGUGAAUGAUCAGGGAACAGCACAAAUGGAAAAUUGGGAAAUUUGAUGAAAACCCAACAAAUUCCUGCCCCAAAUUCCCAAAGAAUUCCUUGGCUGAGGGAUGGGAUGGAUGAGUUUGUCCCUUUGCUGUCCCCAUGUCCCCAGAUCCCCUCUCACCACCCUCACCUCAUCCAAACCCCCCAAAUAAUUUCAUUUUCCCCCCAGUGAGAGUUUGAUGGGCCAAAAAUUCUGAUUUUUUUGCUGCUUUUCUCCUUGUUCUGCUGUCCCUGCCUCCUUUGGGGUGUGUAUAAACACAUUUCUGGGUUUAUACACACAAAUUUGGGGGUGGUUUUUUGUUGUUGUUGUUGUUGUACAGGUCAUAAAUAUGGGGGAAGGUUUUUGUGUUUUCUUAAUAGGUGAAGAAAUCUCAGAAGACCCGAAAUUGCAACUUACUGAAUUAAAUAAUUAAAAAAAAAAUUAAAAAAAAAAUUAGAAAUUUCCCCAGCUGUGGAAGAUGGAGCCUCAUUUUUUGCAGCCACUUUGAAUCCUGAGUUCAUCUUUAAAAAAAAAAAAAAAAGGCGCUGGGGCUUUUUUUAAAGAUUUUUUUUGUUGUUUUUUUAUGGUUUUUUAUUUUUUUAUUGGAAGAGCUAAAAUAUCCCUGGCUGUCUCCAGUGUGGCAGAUUUGCAAUGGACUCAAUUCCUCCAUUAGUUGUCAGAUUGUUCUGAGAGCACCUCAGAGUUUGGAAUUGUUGGCUGAGAGGUUCCCUUGGAAUUGUCAGGAGGAAAAACAAAACAAAAAAAAAAACAAAACAAAAAAAGGCAAAAUUCAAAAAUUCUUUCUGCCCCUUUGUUAUUCAUUCACGGACUCCUUCGGCCUACAGGAGAGGGGAACUGCAUGGCUGGGAAGAUCAAAGCCUGUGCUCAACGUGGCCAGAGUUACUUUUAAAAAGAAGCUGUCAGAGCUAAGCCAGGAGAAGCCUUUGAGAAGCCAAUUCCUGCCCAGGCUGGAGGAGGGAGAGCCCUGGGAGGAGCAAACCCGGAGUAGUGAGUGAGGAUCCUGCAGCAUGUCCAGCCAGGGGGAUGACUGCUACUUCUACUUCUACUCCACCUGCAACAAGGGAGAUUCCUGUUCCUUCCGGCACUGCGAGGCCGCCCUGGGCAGCGAGACCGUCUGCACGCUGUGGCAGGAGGGCCGGUGCUUCAGGAAUGUCUGCAGGUUCAGGCACAUGGAAAUCGAUAAAAAGCGGAGUGAGAUCGCCUGUUACUGGGAGAACCAGCCUGGGGGCUGCCAGAAGCACAACUGUGCAUUCCACCACACCAAGGGCAGAUACGUGGAUGGGCUCUUCCUGCCCCCCAGCAAAACCACUCUUCCAAGCCCCCCUGAGGCUGCAGAGGAUGAGGUGAAGAUGGUGCAGCUGCAGCAGAACAAACUCUCUGUUCAGUCCAACCCCUCCCCCCAGCUCAGGGGGGUGAUGAAAGUGGAGAACUCUGAGAAUGUCCCCAGUCCCACCCAUCCCCCCGUGGUCAUCAACGCUGCAGAUGAUGAUGAAGAUGAUGAUGACCAGCUUUCUGAAGAAGGAGAAGAAACCAAAACCCCAGUCCAGCCCCCACCCACAGAAACCCACAAUGGCCUGAGGGUGAUUUCCACCAGGAAAUCCAGUCCCAGUGCAAAGCAAGAUGACAACUUAAAUUUUGGAAUAAAAACCUUGGAAGAGAUCAAGCUGAAGAAACUGAAGGAAAAAGCCAAAAAACAAGAAGGUCCUUCAGGAGUGGCUGUGGAUCCUCUCCAAGCCCGGAACAUUCCUGUGCCAGAGAAGGAAAACGUCAGGACUGUGCUGAGAACUGUGACCCUCUCCUCCAAGGAAGGGGAGGACCCUGUGAUCCAGCUGAAUCUUCCUGACAGACUGGGGAAGAGGAAAACCCUCAUGGGUGGGAAAACUUUCCUUCCCCUGAGGAGGAACGUUGCUGACAGGCUGGGUAGGAAGGCAGAGCUUCAAGAAAACUCUGAAAAGGCCCCAAAAAGAGGCACAGUUCAAGUCCUGAAGUCCCUGAAGGAGAGGCUGGGGCUGCCCUCUGAGCAGAGCAGCACUGAGACAGACAAAACUGCCAAACCCAUCGAGGAGAUCAGAGUGAAAACCCUGGAGGAAAUCCGCCUGGAAAGAGCCAACCAGAGGAGAGGAGAACCCCCAGCCAAAAUCCCAGGAGAAGGAAGGAAAACUGAAGAUCCAAAUUUAGGAGCAAAACCCUCCCCAGCUGCCCGCAGCAAAUCCCUGACGGGAGCCCUGGCAGAAAAAAACCACAAAAGGUUGGGAGAGAAGGAAAAACCCGAGGAAUUCAGCAGCAGGGCCAAAAGUGAGGCUGAUCCCAGGAAACAGAACAUUCCUGCUCCAGCUGGGGCAGGCAGGGUGCAGCUGGCAGAGGCUGGAAGAGCCAAAGGAGCCGGAGAAGUUCGGAUCAAAACCCUGGAGGAGAUCAAGAGGGAGAAGGCGCUGAGGCUGCAGCAGAGCGGGGAGAACGUUCCUGCAGCCCCCGGCCCGGCCGAGGCUGCCCUGAGGGGCAGGAAACUGCUGAGGGUCACCAAGCUCCUGGCACCUGGAAGAGAAGAAAAAAUGAUUGUGGAGCUGAACAAACCUUCCCCCAAAAGUGGCUCUGCCCCUGCUGAGAAUUCAGGGAAUUCUGGAAUUCAGGUGAAGAGCCUGGAGGAAAUCAUGUGGGAGAAACGGCAGCAGAAACAGCGACAGGAGGAGAAACUGCAGCAGGGAGCUGGGGCAGGUCCAGCCCCUGAAAACCAGGAAAAAAUCCAGGAUAAAAACCAGGAGAAAACGCCAGGACCAGGGAGCCCCGAGGCUGCUGUGGGGUCAGCCCAGCCGGGCAGGAGGAGAGGAGGGAAACCCGCCGAGGAUGGAGUGGGAACCCCAGAGAAGGAGCCGGGGAAAAAGGGAGCUCAGCUGCCCGAGAGGAGAGGCAGAGCCAAGUCCAAGGUGUGCCUGAAGCCUCUGGAUGCCAAAGCCCCUCCCAAGCAGCCCCUGAAGAGGAAGGGCCCCGAGGGUCACCCCCCUGCUGUGGUGGCAGUGAAGCCACUCAGUGCCACCAGCGGGGACACCCAGGAGUCCCCAGCCAAGGUUGUUCCCCCUUCUCCAGAGGACAGCCUGGACUCCAACCCUCGGAGGGAGAAUUCCCAGAGCAGCCCUGAGCUGCAGCCUGGCACCCAGGGGGAUUCCCUGGCACAGUCAGAGGUGUCCGGAUCUUCCUCUUCAUCCUCCUCAUCCUCCUCCUCAUCCACCACCACCUCCUCCUCCUCCUCCUCCUCCCUGGAGGCUCCCCUGAAGCUGCGGCGCCUGAGCUCGGCCGGCGCCGCCAAGGCCUCGCUCUCGGUGGAGGACGACUUUGAGAAGCUCAUCUGGGAGAUCUCUGGGGGAAAACUGGAGGCAGAAAUCGACCUGGAUCCAGGCAAGGACGAGGAUGAUCUCCUGCUGGAACUCUCGGAGAUGAUUGACAGCUGAGAGGGGAGGUUUUGGGGAAAAAAAAAAAAAAGGGGGAAAAAGACGCAACACCAAAAAAGAAAAACCACCCUAAAAAAGCAAAAUUUUAUCCUCACCUCCCACAAAAAUCCUGUAAAUGUUGUUGGAUCCGUGGAGGAGAUCCUGCCCCAGCUGGAAUCACAGUUGGAUUGUUAGGAUUAGGCAGAGUCUGCUCUCAGUUAUCCCAAAAUUCCGGGCUGAGUUUGUCCCCCCACGGGACAGGACAGAGCACUUGGAACGCCCUGAGGGGCCACAGAUCCCAUCUCCAGAGCUCCCUCCUGCACAGAGAAUCCCAAAAAUCCCUGGAGUUACUGUGUCAACUCUGGGAGCCACGGAUGGACUCGCAUUUGGGGGGAAUUCAGGGAAAAGAGGCAAAAUCUGAGGCAGGAUUUUGGACCAAAGCCUGCCAGGGUGAGCCUGGCUCGGGAUGAUCUGGGGGAUUUUUCCUGGGAUCCUGCCAUGGGGGAAGGCAAAAUUCCUCCUGGGAUUUGGGGAAAGGAGCAUUGCUUCAAGUGCCUCUGGGUUCUGAGGAUUUCUCCCUGCAAUGAACCUCCCACAUCCAGCUGGGAUCGUUUUGUGAGGGAAUAAAAAAGCACCUGGAAUGUUCCCCCUUGGCUGCUUCCCUCUUUUCCAGCCCCUUGGAGAUGGGAUUGAGUGAAAUCCCCGUGGGGUUUUUCUUUUUUUCAUUUUGUUUUGGGAUUUUUUUUUUCCUGUAAAUAUUUUAUUCUUCCAUUUUAUAUUUGUAUGAUUCUAUUUAAGGGAUUAAAGGUAGGCUGCUGAC